AACCAGUUUUCAGUCCUGAUCGGUUCGUUGUUCGGAAUGGAGUUAAAACGAUAGUUUGUUUUAAACAGAUCAUAAUAUACAUCGGCAGUUGAAAAACUAGUGCUUGUUAAACUUAGUUUCUACAUAUUUUUAUUUUAUAAAAAUUCGCUUAGUUGAAUGACAUUUUUGCGUCAGUAAUUAUGUCAUGAAAGGUUUGAGAAUCGUCAGGAGUGCUUCGCGGCUUUAUUUAGUGUUUCCGUAGUUUAAUUACAGUCGUGCGCAAAGACCUCCUCUCGACUAUCCUCCAGGUAAACCUGCAACCGAUCGGCUCGUUACAAGAAAAAAAAUAUCUGAGAGCAAACUAGUCUCGAGUAAUCUAUGGUCGUGUUGAAGGAGUGAGAAUAUUUCAACGAGUUCACAUUUAACCGAUGUCGAUGGCAGAGCUAUUAAACGGUCAUAGUUUGAGAAUUUCGGAAAUACAGCAGUGUGCAAACCCUGAUACCUAGAAGAUAAAUGGUGCUCCAGGAAAGAUGUUUUUAAUUAAACCAAUUAAGCAAUGAUAAAUAAAAAGUACAAAAAGAAGUGCGAAAAUAUGCGUGUUCUGAAUAAUUAUUUAAUUAAGAUGUAGACGUGUGUCUAGUCGCAUGCUCGUUGACAGUGAACGUGAACCCGAGCCUCACCAUGGAUUCCAGUUUGAGUGCAAUGCGAAAAACCAGUUUAGCGGAACGCAACAUGUUUUAGAAAAAUCUUGUGUAAGAAAUUUGGCAUCGUUUUGGAGAAAAAGGAAGCUGCAUGCAUUUAAAAAAGUUGGCGAAGUUCAACCUUUCCUGUGCUGAUUACAUUGUUUGCCUCGAUCAACGGCUGCUGCUAUGGGUCUGAACGGUUCAACACACGGGCGGUUAAGGUGACUGGAUGUCCCAAAAAGGGACCUAAAUUCGUCAGAGUAAGUAAAACACCUAUCCUUUCUAAAGGGCGAAUUGAUGAAUGUAAGCUGACAAGCUUUGGUGAAGACGUAAUAAGACAGCGAAAACAAUGACGGUUCAGUCAAACCUGGACUCCCCUCAGCAGCACCAUCGUGUAGUUUUGGAUCACUACCAUCAACGCCAUGACCCGGCAUAUAAUAUAACUAGCGCCGAGGUGGAUGACUACAACAGCGACAACAGUAUUGCGGUUCUGCAGCAUCACCACCGCUUUAUGCCAUCUAGUUCUAGCUCCUGUGAUAAUACCAAACAUCAUCCGAUGCAAGGUUCUAGUGUACCAGGGUCUUGCGACGAAAAUACUCUUAGCGUGCUAGAUGUUAACAUAGAUACUAAGAAAAUAUCACUAUCCAACCAAAACAAUUCGAGACUGAACUCACCUGCCCGGUUCGAAAACGAACGAAAAUAUACCAACCAUAUCGAAGUGUACAGUGAUAAUAGCACCAACAAGCUGGAAGAGGAGAUAUCCGAGGAUGAUCGGGGGCCACCGCUUCCACCGCGCCCUGCGCCCAGAACUCGAACUUUGCAACGUGUCGAGAGUGCUCCUGCUACUUCCGGUGUGCGAAAGUACGUAAUUUGGUGUCUGAUAUGUGGUGGUAUUUCGUGUCUUUUGGGUGUUUUGUUUCUGGGUAUCUACUUUCUACUACGGUCUUACACCAGUACCGUGGGGUAUUUCGAAACCGUGCCUACGUUUGUUCCAGCAACAUUGUUAAUGGUCACUGGUAUCUGCAUCAUGAGCUUGGCGAGACGACGCAACCGAUACAGUUAUUUGAUCAAAUUAUCCGGUGCAUGUGGUCUUGCCUCAGCUCUUACUUGCGCCCUCGUUACGGUGACCACUACGGUACUUCAUAUGAGCCGACUCCAGGUAUUGCGCGAAUGUGAAUACACCCAAAAAACACGAACAUGUACGUGUUAUUCGGUAACGGCCGAAAAACAAGCAGAAGGCAUAGAUGACAACGUGCGGUUCGUGUUCGACUCAACCUCCGAUUGCGGAGUCGUACAUGGUGCACUAUACUCGUGUUUACGUGCCGUAUUCGGACUUUCAGUAGCCGGUGUUCUAGUAGCCGUGUUUAGUUGCAUGCUCGUAUACCAACUUUUGAGUCACGAGCGUAAGAAAAUGUACUGGGAACAGUUGGAAUUAAGGUGCAGAUCGCUGUACUCUGGACAGCAGGGACCUUCAGUGCUUCCGUCUGGUGCGAUGUUAGGAGGAGCACGAAAUGGUAAUUGUAGGUGUUGCGAACAAUGCCACGCUCACCGUAAUGUAAUGCCAUCUGCCUAUCCCUGGGAAGGUGACCAACGUUUUUGGACUCCAGGACAGGCAGGAAAUUUUUACUCACCUAAUCCUGGUGGCGAAGAGAACCCAACUGGUAACAGACUUAAUCAAAAUGGCCGACGAAUACCUGGUUGGAGUUGGCCGAGAAUGCCAUGGCAACGAAAUGAUUCACAGCGUAUGUCCCCACACAGCCCAGACUCACAGUACGGAUUUUCAAACAGAGCCACUGGAGCAGAUUCUGGACCAAUUGGGACUUGUCAACCACGGUAUAAUGUUAUUGAACAGCAGUACGGCAUUUGGGGACCACCGCCACCAUACAGUGAUCCGAACAGUCCAGCCCGCAGAGGCCGCUAUCAAUACAUCCAUCCAGCUCAGUGUCAACCGAUGAUUGAGUCAAAUGUUCCUCCCACAAAUAUAGCAAUUCUCGAAUGCCAUCAGCACCCAAUGGCUUCCGAAAGUCAUUCCAUCCAACAAUUUAACAACUCAUCCCAACCGAAUGCGUUCCGAAACCCGGGGAAACGGCAGGUAUUGAAGCCGGCUAAAGAUAAUUAUGAGAAUACUCCUUCGGACAGCGAUGGGCCUAGAGAUCGGUUUUCCAAUACUCUUCCUUCGCGGAAGACGAAAAAGCGAGUUGAAGCUGGUGUGAAAAGUAUAGGACCGAAUCAGCCUGUUGCCAGGGUGAAUGUGCAAAAUGUGUUCAAUUCCGAUGCAUCUCACGGGCAACAUAAUUCCGUUGAAACGUCGGAAAAUGAAUAUAACGAACCAUCUCUUCCAAGCAAUGAGCCCAGCUGUAGCAAUCAAAGUGCCUCUACGCACGCGAAAGCUAGAAAAAUUAAGAUUGGUGUUGAAAAUACAGGCUUCCAAACUGUCGAAGCUCUUGAAAGCGAAGGCCUAAAUGGCAAAAUUAUAGAACCAACUGAGUCGGAGGUGUAUUUUGCAGAUGUUAGCAGUUGUUGCAACAUGUCUGUUAAAAAUGAUAACUACUAUGACGAUGCCAGCCAAAGACGCAAGAGUGUGAAAGACAAAAACAAACAAGCUCAUGAACCAGAGCAAUUUAGCAAAGAACAGGCCGAUGAUUAUAUCGCGCAGAGAUUUGGAAAGCGGGAGCCAUCCGUCCGCAGUAGGUUGCCUUUUCCUCAGAUUAUUCCGGAGACUUUCGAAAAGCCAAUGGUAAUGCCUCGUCCGUCACUGAUGCAUAAGGAUAUCUCUAGGCAAAGUAUGUGCUCGGUAGAAUCCGGCGAAAAGACCGACUACACUGACCUCUCUCCCGCUACACCAAGUGCGAACUUUCCGUCUGUAACAUAUCCUCAGCAAGAGCCCAGUAAUAAUUUGAGUCCAACAAGCAGUGGUAAUUUAACAAGUCCUAAUAAUGCUACAACCGAUUUUUCAUCCGAGCCCAAUAGUUCAAAUUUCAUCGCUUCAUAUCCGUACUCUUCGAAUGAGCAGAGUCAAGAAGCCCAUCGACGGUCAACAAAAAACCUGCAGGAUUUAUUUUUGGCCCCUGACUCGCAGUACGAGGUAAUCAAAGAAGCCAGUAAGUACAAUGAAACAACUCCCUUAACGAUGCCCUACCUGACCCAGCAGGAUAUGUCCACCCAAUUUUCGUAUCACCCGAGUAAGACGGUUCCUGCAUCACGGGAGCACAUUAACUAUCAGCACCCGCAUUCUAUAGCAUCCCAGCAAAAUGUACAACAGUGCCAGUUCCAACAGCCGAAUCAACUGAAAGCAAGAUCACCUAAGAAUCUAAACAUCACCCCCAUUAAGCGACAAAGUUUGGGGACCAACAUUAGUUCAAUUAUUCAGAAUCUUAGUGGAAGUGAAGCAGGCCUCCUGUAUCCGGAAGGACGACAUGGCGUUGUUGCUGGUACUAGUACUAUAGCUUCUGGCAACUGUAACAACGGAGGGCGACCAAGUGGAAUAAGAGAUGCUGAGCAAAGUCGGCAAAGUUUAACAAUAGAAGAUAAUGGCAACGACGGUGACGACAGCAGUAACGACGAAAAUGGCGAGUCGGACGUUAGUGAUCGGCGUCGGUUGUGAGAUGAAGUGUAUGUGUGAGUAGACCUUGCUUGAAAACACAUGCCACUAUGAUAAAGAGUCUGCAUUUCUUAUGUCUUUAUGCCUGCCAAACAGAUGCUUAAAGUUUGUUUUCUAAAAUGAAAAAAAUUGAACGCUCCAAUUCAAAGUUAAUCAAAUGCUUUCCAAAGACAACUCAUUGAUUGCUUUGUACAUUACGUUUUUCAAUACACUCUUCUACUUUCAACCGGUCCUUAACUAGAACACAAUUCACAGUCAACAUAAAAUAUGGCAUGCCAAUCGAGCAAUAGCAACACUAGUUUACACAAAAUCAAAAGCCCAUUAUCCAGUCUGUAAUCUCUGCAACGGACUCAGUAGAUAAAAUGGAGAUUUUAGAAUUAAACUGAAGGGUUAUUGUAGGUACAAUGUUUCAAAAACUUUCGCAUGAACAUUGACGAUCUUUAUUUUAAAGACAUUUGAGGCCUAACGUGUUGUUAAUUGGUAUGACCUACAAGAGAUGAAAUUAGUUCAAAACGAGCUUCAAGUAUUAUUCAAAAUCCUUCCAUUUUAGCAGUAUUAAACUUAUCCUUGUUCGUUGUAUAUCAUAUAAAUAUUAUACAAGUUUGAACAAUGUUCAAAUUUCUUGAGAAUUAGUUUAAUAAUUCUGACUUCUAGACAUGUUUAUUUUAGAUCAGAACUAGUAUUCGCUUAAAUAUUGAUUAAACAUACAAUUAUUUUUGUUUACCUCCCCCCAUGAAUAGCUAAUUAUAGUCAAUAUGGUAGGUAAUGUAAAUAUCAAAGCGAACUGAUCUCUUUGGUUUCAUUCAAUUGAUAGCUUUAAUGAUAUACGCAUUGAGGAAUCGCAUCAAGUUAAUUGAUUUCAUCAGUCAGUAGCAAGAGUUAGACUAUUAUUGAACAUAGUAGAGAGGUAACAAAUAAAGAGAAAUAAGUUGAACUACACCUUUUUUGAAUGGCUACCGAGUAUUAGUAAAAAUACUGUAAUUUUAUAUUUGAUUUCAACACACCUUUCUUUAUAACUGAAUAUUUCUAUUUUAUAUCUUUUUAACAAAUAUUAUUAGCUCUACAUUUGAAAAUGUAAAAUACACAUUUCGCUUUGUAAAUACUACUAUUAAAAACUGAGGAAUACGCCAGAAGCAAAUAGAUAUUAAUGAAUGAUAUACGCUCACGAUAUACUUAUACAUUAAAGAAUACAAACGAAAUGUAUUGAUUGUUAACAAAUGUCAAUAAAAUGAUGGAUAUAAUUAUGCAUAUAAAAUGUUAGACUCACCCGAAAACGAAACCGUUUUGCCUUUUUUUAAUUUUAUAUAUUAGUUACGUAACGAUCUCAAACAAAGCCCUCCCCCUCUUCUAUUCCCACAAUAAAGAGCGCAGUCUGAACACCCCUUCUCCCCUUUAUGCGUUAUGGUAUUUUUGUACGAUGUCCUAUCAACAAAUCAAACAGCAUGUAUUGUGCCGUGUCAAAUAAAUGUUGUGUGAACAAAAAAAAAAUCAAACAGCAAUCAAUGUUUGAGGCUAUAUCGGCAAAACAGGACGCAGAGGCAAGGUUCUCGCGUAUGGAUCAUUUAGAUACCACAACAGAAUCAGAGGAAGCUCUACACUCACAAUCUGAGGAAGCUCCUACAUAAUAGAAUGUGUAUUUGUUCCGUUGCUGAGAAAUCU